UGGUAACGACCCCGACCAAUACAGCGAAAGCAAGGACAGGAUGCUGAAGCUGAGUAGAUCCUACGCUGGGCAUACACAGGAUGUGCGUGGUGUCGCUGCGUCUGGGGACAGCCUUUACAGCUGCUCUAGAGACGGCACAGUCAGAGAAUGGGGGCUCAAGGCAAGCAAUACCCAAUUGACCCAGCAUGCGCUUCACAACGGCUUUGUCAAUUCAAUCGCAACAGAUGGCAGGCUCAUCAUCUCUGGGGGCCAAGAUUCAAUCAUCUAUGUGGUUGAGCAAGGGCAGACAGAGCCAAUGUACACUUUGGUAGGGCAUACGAGCAAUGUUUGCGCACUCGCUGUGGGGCCUGAUGGCCUCAUCAUUAGUGGCAGCUGGGACGGUACAGUCAGGCUCUGGAAGAGUGGUGUCUGUCUGGAGACAUACGAAGGCCAUCAAGGUGCAGUCUGGGCAGUCUUGUACACCCCGCAUGGUAUCUUAACCGGUGGAGCAGACAGGACAAUUCGGUUGUGGAAGGAUGGAAAGCAAAUCAAGAAUCUGCCUGCGGGCAAGGACUGCGUUCGAGCACUUGCCCUUCAUCCUGCUGGCUUUGUGUCUGCAGGCAAUGAUGCGACCAUCCGUCUUCAUUCAUUCGAGGGCGAUGUCGUGCAGCAGCUCGAAGGACACGAGUCAUUCAUCUACAGUCUAGCAGUGACAGAUGGUGGCGACAUUUACUCUGUCGGCGAAGAUGGCACUUUGAGACACUGGAAGGAUGGCCAGCAAGCACAGAGUAUCAAGCACCCCGCAGUGUCCGUCUGGUGUGUCACACGCUUGUCGAAUGGCGAUAUUGCGACAGGUACCUCGGACGGCGUCGUACGCGUCUUUACAGCGGCCACUGAGAGAUUUGCUGCCAAGGACGAGCAAACAGCAUUCGAUGAAAGUGUCGCUGCAUCUCAAAACCCUGCACAGACUACCAAUAUUCCGAAUAAUCUACCAGGAUUGGAAGCAUUGUCUACACCUGGCAGAAAGGAAGGAGAGAUCAAGAUGAUUCGCCUUCCUGGAGGCAUUGUUGAAGCGCAUCAGUGGUCAGGGGGCGUUUGGACCAAAGUCGGCGAAGUGAUGGGGGCGACACCCCAACGAGUGGGUUAUAAAGGUCAAGAAUAUGACUUUGUGUUUGAUGUUGACAUUGCGGAAGGCGUCCCUCCUCUCAAGCUCCCUUACAAUACGGAUCAAAAUCCUUACGAAGCUGCACAGAAGUUCAUCGACAAGUACGAGCUGGACGCUGGAUUCCUUCAACAGAUUGUCAAAUUUAUCGAGACCAAUACUGGUGGCAUUCCACUCGGCGUGCCCAAACAGGAGGAUACGGCAAAGAAGGAGUCUGUACCUGUGGCGCAGCAAGAAUACCUGGCUAUGGUGAGCGGCAACGCGGCAUCGAUACUCAAGAAGCUUGAGAGCUUUUGUACUGAGAUGCAAAUCGAAGUGCUGACAACCUUUGAGCCCAGCAGCCCGAGCAAUGAACAGAUGGCUUCACUUUUGCGGAUAGCCAAGAAGCUGCCGCGUGAAAAGCGCUUUCCGGCAUUGGACCUUAUACGACUGGCUGUUCCUCAUGCAACGAAUCUGACGGCGUCCUUCAUCAUGGACGUGCUCGAGUUUGCAGAAAUCACAUCUGGCGUGUCUACCAAAGACAAGACGCGCGAGACCAACGCAAUGCUAGCUUAUCGGACACUGGCCAAUACCUAUGUGAGCGAUGUGGCAACAAAAGCGGUGGACGCCAUUGAGGCAAGGGCAACGGAUGCCAUCUCGGGUGGCUUGAGCUGGCCAGACAACCGCAACACAACGCUUGCCCAAAUCACAUACCUUCUCAAUGUUUCAGUCUACAGCCGGAAGCAUGAUCGCGCAGAUAUAGCCAUGGGCGCCUUGGAGUCUCUUUUGCUGCUUCUUUCCGAAGCGAGUGACGAGGAAGUGCAUUACCGAGGCCUCGUCGCGUUGAGCACAGCGAUUCAAUGCGCCGAGGAAGUCAGCAUUACAGCCAAGGAAGUGUACGAGGCUGACAAGAUUCUGGCAGAGAUGCGUCGCAAGGUGGGGAAUGCAUCUCGCCUCACGGAUGUGCUCGAUGGGCUGGACAAACUGCUGCAAGAUGCGCCGAAGCAAUGAACAAUGAGCAAUGAGUAGUGAUAAGCAUAUUAUGCCUUCUAUACACGAACGAGACGUAUGCGGCUUAUCCAUUUAGCCAUGAUUUACGGAUGCGAGCAGUCUAGAGCUUUGCCUCUUCCGAAACGUCGCCAAUCUUGAGCUUGGGUGUGUACUUUGCGAGCACUUUGUCGUUGUGGAACUUGUUGAACUGCUUGGUGGCGUCCUUGCCGCAUGCACGCAACAGGAUCUUUGCGCCGCCGGGGUGCGAGUCGUGGAACUUGGACACGUCAAACACCUGGCCCUGGAUGAUGACCCAUGCGCUGUCUGGGGAUGUGUGCUUUGCGACUUCGCUUGCUGUAAUUCUCUUGCUCAUCUUGGACUGCAGGGUACUUGACGAGUA